AUGGCCGAGCUCGUCUUCCGCGGCUCACUCAGCUGCGAUCCCAUCUCCGCCGUUCCGCUGGAGACGCCGGUUCGCAUCGAGUGUGUAGUACUGUCGCCGGAGAGUGACGGCUUCACCGCUGACGUGCUGUACAACCUCUCUCCGACGGACCCGGCUGAUGCGCUCGAGAGACUGAGCACCGCAACCACCCGUUUACUAGUGAACGCCUCUGCCCGCUUAAACAUUGAAGUGUAUGGCUGCCCGUCUGACGCAGCAGUAGUGCCAGAGAAGGUGACGGCGAAGCUCCAGCUUCCGGAAGCUGGCGAGCUGCUGGCUUCCCUACCGGAUACGAGAGGACUGCCGUCACUGCGACUGCUGGCGAAGACAGGCCGCUUCCCCCUCGCGGAGGCACUCGAAUCGCCGCACCUGGACUCACUUGCAGAGAUUGGUGAUGACGCCGUUCUGCGCGCGGUGCUCGGGCUUGAUGGAAAGCAGACGCUCGACUUCAAACCUGCCGAGGCGCUGCGCGCUCUUCUGCGUCUCGACACACCAAGGGCAGCCCCAUACCCGGCGACUCAGUCUCCGCUGGCUCUCGCUCUCUCACUUAUGCGAGCACAAGCAGUCAGCACACAUGCCCAUGCACCCGCUGCACUUGCAACGAUCGUUCGGCUCCUCUCACCCCUCGCCUUUCAGCCGGAUACAGCAGGUGCACUCAGCCGCGUUCUGCCCGAGAUGGCCGCUCGUGCGAUCACCGUUGGUGAGGACGUGAAGCUCGACACUCCGCCGGAACACGCGCGCGCAGUGCUUGCAACACUGGCACCGCUGCUUGCAGGGGAGGCAUGGGGCAAAUCGACGGCUCCUGCCGCCACCAAGCUCGCCCGAGCCUACUCUCCAGACCCUGCUUUCUGGCAGCCCGCCGCCGCUGACCCCGGCCUGGGCAUCUCUGGAAUCCAGCUCAGUGUCUCGGCUAGCGGUGAGGGCGAGCGACUCAGUCGCGCCCUGGACACCGGCACAGGACACGGCUUACGGCCCACGGCGGCGGACACGCUUGCGGCGCUGGCGCCGGAGCUCGUGGCGAGUCUCGGCACUGCGGUGCAGCCGCCGCUCGGGCUGCCGAGCACGAUCGCGGCUGGCGUGGGCAACGCAUCAGACUACGCUGGCAAGGUGUACUCGGCGCACGAGUUUAGGAGGGAGAGGGACACGGCGAGCGGUCUCGGGCUCGGGGCUGCGGGUGUCGGGAGGAAGGCAAGCAGACAUGUGGACGAGUUUGGACGAUAG